CCGGGAGUACCCGGAUGGGUCUUUCACAAAACGACGUAUCUUUUCUGAGACCGGAAGUCAAACUGCUUCGGUUUGUAACCGUUAGAACCAAAGUCUGUCAGAUUGAUCUCACUUCAAGUGGAAAGAUGCUGGAUAUAUUCAAGUCCAUUCCCACGCACAUGGAUUACAAAGGCCAGAAGCUGGCUGAACAGAUUUUCCAAGGAAUAAUACUCAUCUCAGCGGUGAUUGGAUUCGUGUAUGGUCUGAUUAUUGAACAGUUUGGCUGGACAGUGUACAUAGUCUUGGCUGGCUUUGCCAUAUCCUGUGUGUUGACCCUGCCCCCGUGGCCUAUGUACAGAAAGAAUCCCCUGUCUUGGCAGCCAGUUCUACCAGAGACCAGUGGAGAGUCCAGCCAAAAACCUCAGGAAAGCCUCAAGAAGAAGAAGCACAAAUAACUCAGAGCUACCAGUGCCCAGCUGUUAAUACAUCUUUUUAUAUCAAAAGAAAUAUGUUUUUCUCAUGGUUCAUAUUUGAAGCAUUUAUGAAGAAAACUUUGUUACAGUGUUUAUUAGUAAUAACUAACUAAUACUUGUCUGUCCAAUAAUAAACAUCUGAUACUCUA